AUGUGCGCCCCUAUAGAAAGGCUAGCUAGCUUGAGUAAAAGCGUCAUAAACGUCAAAGGUCCCGAUGCAACCAAGUUCCUUAACGGGCUAAUAACCACGAGACUACUACCUAACAUAGUCAAAAAGAAACAACACACCAUCAGUGCAUCCGAGAAUCGCCAUGUCAAUUUGAAUGACAUCAUCGACAUAAACACUAACUGGGGGUUGAUGCACGAGGACAUAUACGAUCCAGAACAGCGCAUACUUAUUGGACGACACGGGAUUAAUUCCAUGUUUUUGAAUUCCAAGGGAAGAGUCAUCACCGACUGUUUCUUGUAUGCCCAUCCGUUCCAUGGACAGAAGGGCGACGUGGGUGAUUAUUUGGUUGAGAUUGAUCCGGCGCAGGAACAGACUUUGAUGCUGUUGUUGAAGAUCCACAAGUUGAGUGCGCGGGUCAAGAUUAAGAAGUGCCGCGACUUGUUCUCGUACUAUUUGUACGAGGACAGUCCCGAGUUUGACGGAUGGGUCGAUGAUGUGCAGGCGAGGUAUUUCCAGAGCAUGGACCCCGAGGAGGCAUUGCAUGAUGCAAAUAGGUUUAUCCAGAGCGAAGAGUUGAUUAAUAAGGGGUUUGCUGACCAUGUUGUUGGAUUAGCAUUCGAUAACAGGAUCCCUAAUUUUGGAGUUAAAGUAGUGAGUGACGUUGCCAUAGAAGAGCCGAGCCAAAUAUUGUCUCAGUUAUUCACAAGCAAGUUUGACAUAGGACUAGUUGCUGAGGAUAAUGUCACCAAUAGAAGAUUUGAUAAUGGUGUGUUUGAAACCCAUGACGCAGUGGAAAACACGUCGUUGCUUCCAUUUGACUGUAACUUGGACUACACCAACGGAUUAUCAUUGGAAAAGGGGUGCUACGUGGGUCAGGAACUUACCAUAAGGACAUACAACAAUGGAACGAUCAGAAAGAGAAUCUUCCCUGUCACAUUUCACGAUUUGAAGCUCGAGAAUGGAGAGUAUGUAACCGGCGCCAGUUUGGAGCUGGUCACUUCGCUUAAUGAACUAGACAGAGAAGCCAUCACAAAACUAACAGUCUCCCCAUUGAAUGAAGAAUCGGAGGAGCCAGCGGAACCAGCGGAACCAGCGGAACCAGCAGAAUCCGCGCCAUCACCGUUUGGAUCUUCCAAAACAGUGAGAAAGAGAAAGUCGUCUGCUGGUAAGAUAUUGGCCGUGCGAGGGCAAUUAGGGUUUGCCUUGUUUAACAUUGAAGAUGUGGAAAAGAACAGUUUAUAUAAAACAGAGGUGGGAGGUGAGAACAUACUUGUAGAAGCCAAGAUACCCGACUGGUGGCCUGAAUAGUCUUGUAAAUAGCAAUAGAAGCCGUUGUAAAGUUUAAUCUU